AUGCACAUCCAAACCCUAACAAUUCAGGGUUUCAAGUCCUAUCGCGACAGGACGGAAAUUGAGCCCUUCUCACCUGGACACAAUGUCGUUGUCGGGCGCAAUGGAAGCGGGAAGAGUAACUUCUUCGCCGCGAUUCGAUUUGUCUUGGGAGACGCAUAUUCAUCUAUGUCGCGUGAGGAAAGACAAGCAUUGUUGCAUGAAGGCGUAUCCGUCACUUCAACACUCUCGGCUUAUGUCGAAAUUGUGUUCACCAAUCAGCCUGCUCGUUUCCCGACCCCAAAUCCCACCGUAACUAUUCGACGAACCAUUGGUCUUAAGAAAGACGAAUACACGUUGGAUAAAAAGAGCGCGUCCAAGGCAGAUGUGAUGAGCUUGCUAGAAAGUGCCGGGUUCAGCAGAGCAAAUCCAUAUUACAUCGUACCUCAAGGCAGAAUUACUGCUCUUACAAAUGCCAAGGAUCACGAACGCCUUGCUCUGCUUAAGGAAGUAGCCGGAACUAAAGUGUACGAACAGCGCCGCACCGAAUCGCUCCGAAUCAUGGACGAGACAUCAUCAAAACGGCAAAAGAUCAGCGAACUCCUUGACUACAUUGAUGGUCGUCUAAACGAACUAGAAGAGGAAAAAGAAGAGCUGAAGGAAUACCAAGAGAAGGAUCGAGAGCGAAGAUGUCUCGAAUACGCUCUCUUUGAGAGGGAAUUGCAAGAGGUUACUGGUGCUCUCGAAGAAUUGGAAGAUGAACGGCGGGGAGAAGUUCACGGCGUGAAUGUAAGGCGCGAGGCAUUUAAUGAACGAGAAAAGGAAAUACAGGCACUUGAAGAAGAAAUCAAACAAACGAAGCAUAGCACUACGACGCUUUCGCUGAGCAAGCAUGGCUUUACUAGCGAGAUCAACGACCUUAUCCGAUCUCGGACAGAGUUAGAAUGUAAUAUCGAAGACUUACAAGCAGCGAAGGAGCGUGCCGGUGGGAAACGGGAAGAACUGGAGGCCGAACUUGAAGAAGUCAACGCUAAGAUAGCAGAGAAGGAGCAUACUCUGCAAGCACUGAACCCGCGAUGGGAUGAGCAUCGAGCUCGAGAAGCAGAGGAACGUCUUCGCCUCGACGAGGCUCGUGCCCACCUCGAAAUGCUCUACGAAAAACAGGGUCGACUAAGUCGCUUCCGUAGUCGCGCAGAACGCGACCAGUUCCUCUCGGCUGAGAUCGCUUCUCUUCGUGCUUACAAGGACAAGCAAUCGGUCAACUUGAGGGCCGCAGAGCGCGAUCUCCUUGCUUCACGCGAUGCAUUGGCUGCGCUUUCCAAAAAGUCGGAAGACGUACAAGGACGUUUGGAAGACCGUCGCGAUAAGGGACGCGAGUUGUCUGAAGAGCUUUCUAAAGUAAAAGACAAGCAUGCAGAGCUGUUGGAAAAAAGGAAGGAGCUUUGGCGUGAGGAUGCCAGGCUCACAAGUACAACUGGGCACGCUGAGAAUGAACUGCGCCAGCAUGAGCGUGACUUGGCGAGUAUGAUGGACAAGGAUACGGGAGCCGGCCUACGAUCUGUAGAAAGGAUUGCGGAGCGACACGGCCUUCGUGGUGUUUAUGGUCCUCUUUACAAACUAUUCGAGGUAACAGAUAAGAAAUUUAACACGGCCGUCGAACUCACCGCUGGCAGCAGUCUAUUCCACGUAGUUGUGGACACAGAUGAGACAGCGUCGCGUGUACUCGACAUCAUGUUAAAGGAGAAGACGGGUCGUGUCACGUUCAUGCCCUUGAACCGCCUGAAGCCGAAGGACGUCGCAUAUCCCAAUGCACCAGAUGCCAUCCCACUCAUCAACAAAUUACGGUUUGAUCCCAUACAUGAAAAGGCGUUCAAACAAGUUUUCGGCAAGACGUGCGUUUGUCGUGACCUUUUCAUCGCCGCAGCAUAUGUCCGCAGCCACAAUCUCAACACCAUCACGCUUGAUGGAGACAAAGUCGACCGCAAGGGAUCACUAACUGGUGGUUAUCAUGAUGUGCGGCGGUCACGUAUUGAUACGAUUCGCAGUGUGCAGUCGUGGCGUGAGAAGUACGAUUCGGACAAAGCAACGCUUGCGGAGGUCAAACGCGGGAUUGUAGUAAUUGAACAGGAGAUCACGCAACUUGUCGGUCGUAUCCAAGUCCUCACCACGCAGAGGGAGAAAUUGCAAAACUCUCGUGACCCACUUGUGGAAGAGGCUACCUCGUUAACAAGAGAGCAUGAGCGCCUGAGGGAUAGGAUUUCCAAAGGAGAACAGGAUGUUGACGAACUUCAAGCAGAACUUGCUGGAUUGCAGGUGAAGAUUAACGACCAAGAGCAAGAAAUGAAAACGCCCAUGGCUAGGGGUCUCAGUCCCGAGGAGGAAAUGACGAUUGCUCGAUUGACAAAGCAAGUUGAAGCACGACAGGCAACUCUUGUCCAACUAGGCAAAGCUAAAAGCGAGCUGGGCAGCCAGAAGAAUCUCCUUGAGAUUGAGCUUAAUGAGAGUCUCCGCCGUCGAAGGGAAGAAUUGCAGGCAAAACUAGAAUCUCUUGGAGAAGCGGACUCUGGGGCAGCAUUUAGCGCAGAUGACUAUGACGCACGUGUCCGAGAGCUCAAGGCAUUGAACAAGUCCAUUCCAACAUUGUCUGAUAAAUGCAAAGAUAUGGACAAAGAGAGUGAUAAACUCUCUGUGAAGUUGCAAGAACUCCGGACGAAGCUUGAGGAGAUGCAAAACCAACAAUCAGAGGACAGCAAAGGCAUCUCAAGGCAACAGAAAAACACGGAACGAUAUAUCGCAAAGAAGCAGAUGCUGAUAAAUCGUAAGGAUGAUUGUAAUCGCAACAUUCGCGAUCUUGGUGUAUUACCUGAAGAAGCGUUUGAGAAAUAUACGAACGACAAGCUUGAUCGGCUCGUCAAGAAGCUGCAUACAGUGAAUGAAGGCCUGAAGAAGUUUGCACAUGUGAACAAGAAAGCAUUUGAGCAGUAUAAUAACUUCACGAAGCAGCGCGAUCAGCUCCUAUCUCGGCGCGAAGAGCUCGACAAAUCAGCGAAGUCCAUCGAAGAGCUCAUUCAGGUGCUCGAUAUGCGCAAAGAUGAAGCAAUUGAGCGGACAUUCAAGCAGGUUGCCAAAAACUUCGAGGAAGUUUUCGAGAAGCUUGUACCUGCUGGUAAGGGGCGGCUUAUCAUACAGCGACGCAUUGAUCAGGACGAGGACGACAUGGAGGAGGAUGAGGAUACUCAGCGAUCUUCGGUUGACAACUAUACGGGAGUUUCGAUAAAGGUGUCGUUUAACUCGAAGGUCGAUGAGGGUUUGCGCAUACAGCAAUUAUCUGGUGGUCAGAAGUCGCUGGUAGCACUUGCCACUGUCUUUGCAAUCCAGAAGUGUGACCCAGCCCCGUUCUAUUUAUUCGACGAAAUUGAUGCGAACCUGGAUGCUCAGUACCGAACGGCAGUGGCAUCUAUGAUCCAUGAGCUAUCUGCUUCCGCGCAAUUCAUUACGACCACGUUCCGCCCAGAAAUGCUUGUCACCGCGGACAAAUUCUACGGUGUGACGUUUAAUAAUCAAAAGGUUAGCUCCAUUCGGAGCAUUCGGAGAGAGGAGGCACAAGAAUUCGUUGAUCAGGUACGUUUGGACGCCAAGUGA